AUGAAUCUCCCCAUCUUACUUGCGAUCCUCUGUCUUGGGACGAUAGCCUCCUGCAAUGAUCGCUUCUCCGUGCGCAAGCGGCUCAUCGUGGGCGGAGACAAGAUCGACAUCGGACAAGUCCCCUACCAGGUGAUCAUACAACUUGGGGACAUGGUCGUGUGUGGAGGAUCGAUGAUCGCGCCCUCCUGGAUCCUGCUGGCCUCGCACUGCUUGUGGGACAUCCGCGGGUACGAACAUCUGCUGGAGGUUCGAGCCGGAUCGAAGAAUCGGCUGCACGGUGGCGAGGUUCGGACCGUAAAGUGGUCAACGCUGCACCCGAAAUAUGAUCGCGUGCACCUGCAUCACGAUAUUGCACUGCUGUUCCUGAAUCACCCGAUGGUGUUUGGGGACAAUAUCAAGUGCAUCCGAAUACCGCCGCAGGAUUACAUGCCACGGGCAAUGGACGAUGGGUUCGUGGCGGGUUGGGGAUUGACGAACGCGGAUCACGACAGGACUAAGGCGUCUAACUAUCCGAAGGAACUGCUCGGUGUGAAGCUGCCGGUGUUGGGCUUCAAGACGUGCAACCGCUGGUAUAACAACUACACCUUGUACCAGGAUACGCAGUUCUGCGCUGGAUAUCCGGAAGGGAAGCGGGAUGCCUGCGUUGGAGACUCCGGUGGACCGUACGUCGUCGGUAGACAGCAGGUUGGGAUCGUGUCGUGGGGACUGUCCUGUGCAAAGCCCAGACAACCUGGAGUAUUUACGGACGUCGGCAUGUACCGGAACUGGAUCGAAACUACCAUGUUCAAAAUACAGGGAUCGUCGCGUGGUCUAAAGUGUAAGGCAUACUUCUGAGGCAGUGAUCAAUAAAGAAUCAAAAACUUG